AUGUCAGUUAGCCGCGGACCGUUUUCGCUGCAGCAUUUAUCGAACGACUACUUUCCACAGGGUGACACAGUGCCCGACUCUUCGAUGUCUUGUAGUAGUGGUAGUGGAGGGUGUGGGGGAUGUGGAGGGUGUGGAGGGUGCGGAGGGCAGGGCCUCAACCUUACCACCCAGUCCACCGUUAACCCAGAGAUCUUAAGCGCGGUCGUGACCUCAACACACCACGUUCUUGCGCCGGCGAGCGGUGCAGGUGUUCCCCCACCAAAGUGCGCCAUCAGUUCCUCUCCUUCUGUCUACGCGCAUCAGGUCAGUGAGUCCUACACCAAUAUCCCAAUAAACAUGGAGACAUACUCCCUGGAAAAGGCUUACUACAGGAACCUAGUGGACAGUUUCUAUCCCUCCUCUGCUCCACCUGACGCGUCCCAUUGCAUGACCAGCUUUCCGAUGUCACCACAAGAUUUCAAUUACUACUGCUCCCAAACCAUUCCUGUUCCUUCGUCAUGUGAAGCGAUCAUGUCAGAGCGAGCCCCUGGACAUCCCCCCACACAGUACAAUUUCGCCGAUCUACCACCGCUAGGAUCCUGCGUGCGUCCAAAUACAAAUCGUCUCGGACUGGGAGGUCGUUCCCUCAGCACCGGACAAGCACCACAGACGUACUACAAGGAAGGUUGGAUUAUGUCUAACAACGACUUCUACGGCCACCCGCACUUGGAUUUGCCUCCUGUACCACCACCACCACCUCCACCACCUCCACCUCCACCACAGACGUCGACAGUUGCGCAGUCGACACCGCAGACACAUAACUGCUGCACAUCGUUACCUUACAAUCCUCGACCCGACAUCACGUCACUAGUGGUUGAGGAGAAUGCCGACAACAUCUUCCCAAUUUCUUCGGUUCCUCAUUCGCAUCAGCAUCAGCGCCAUCACCAUCACCACAUCACAUCUAACCAGCAGUCUGCGCCGCAUCAACAACAGCAACAGCAACAACCUCAGCACCCACCACAGGAAGCUCACCAGAACAACUUCUUUGAUGUCCAAUCAACGGUUUGCGGUCGCUUCUACGAUCUUAACCGGCGAAAUAUAAGUCCUACUUAUAGUGGCAGUAUGAAUGGAUCCUAUUCCACUGAAGCGGUGUACUCCGCUAAUCCUACUUCCUGCUCCGAGAGUAAUGAAGGAGGAUUUUUCAUGAAGGCUUUCAUGGAGGAUGACGAUGAUGAUAUUAGUCAGCAACUCCAUUCCACAAACUUGGAUCCGACUCCUGCCAAGCAGAUGACCAACGGCUUUCAUCGACCUGCAGAAGAAAUGCAAUGCGCACACAGCUAUACCGGUCGAGGUAUGGUUUUUUCACCACGGGAAAUUCCCCAGCGGAAGUUGUCCCUGCAUCAGCCCCCUACGCAAAAAAUGGAGAGCUUCCAGGAGAACUUUGUGUACCCAUCAUCGGAGGGCCAAAGUGAGGAGAGGGCUUUGAAUGAUGAAGUUCCACUUUUGUCUAUAAAUACGUCAGAGGAGGUAAUUAAUGCCUGUGCUGACGACUUCUCCAAUCCCUUCUCCGACAAUGUUAGUUUGGAUGAUAUUAAAUUGCCGCAAUUAUUGGAGUGUCAGGCUGCUUAUCGCCCAAAGAGUGGCUCAUCAGAGAGAACGCAGCGGGGCGGAAAAAGGGCCUCCUUGAACUGGUCUUCACCAGAAUCCGGUUCUUCGCCAGGAUUAGCAUCAUCUUUACAGAACACUAGUUGUCAACGAAGUUCAGAUGCGCCUUCUGGAUCUACUGUAUCCACAGUGCGUCAAUCCCCAAACCACUAUCCGCAAGUCAACAUCCACGCCUGUCCUUAUGCUGGAUGUCCCAAACGAUAUUCUAAGAGCUCCCAUCUAAAAGCUCAUGUUCGAACUCAUACUGGUGAAAAGCCAUAUGUAUGUAACUUCCCUGAGUGCACAUGGAAAUUUGCCCGAUCUGAUGAGCUCACUCGGCACAAACGCAAGCACACAGGGGAGAAACCGUUUGGCUGUGAUACCUGCAACCGCCGCUUUACACGCAGCGAUCAUCUGCAGCUCCACAAACGCACCCAUGAGGGCUCCUUGCAUGGCAGUGCAGUAUCGUCUACUGCUUCCGCUGUUGCUGCCGCUGCCGCUGCUGCUGCUGGAGCAACUGCUCCCGCCUCUUCGUCCUCUCCACGAACUCCGUUGUCGACGGUGCUGUCUCGUGGUAUGAUCCCUCCCUCCACAUUCUCUUCCACUCCUCCCCUCUGCUAA